GCCGGGCCCCGCAGUCUCGCCCGGGCCGGCGGAGGGGGGCGGACAGGGCAGCUCUGCUCGGAGCUGGAGGCUCCCGGGCCGAUGGCUGGAUGGUUAUGGGGCCAGGCAGCCUCCCCCCGGCGGCUGUGCAGCGGCUCCGGGGGCUCAGCAUGGUGCUGCUGGUGUCCGUGUGCCUGGCCCCGCCGCCCGCAGUGCGUGGCCAGCAGUGCCGAAUCCAGCGCUGCAAUGCAGACUACGUGGCUGCCACAUCUCCUACCCAUGCCUUGCCGGAAGAGACGCCGCUGGACGUGGAUUAUUGCAUUGCCUUGCGGGCGUACUCCGUGUGCACCAGAAAGACAGCCAAAUCCUGCCGGGGAGACCUGGUGUAUCACUCGGCCGUCUUCCGAAUCAAGGAACUCUUUCCGCAGCACAACUGCUCCAGCGAUGGGCCGACUUCCUCGGCGAAAGCCCCCGGCACACCGGACCCUCUGGUUUCAGAGCUGUGCAACUACGAGAGCAGAUCUGGCUUUCAGAAGAAAUUUGCCCACUGUGGAUUAUUUGGGGAUCCUCAUUUAAGGACCUUUAAAGAUGAGUUUCAGACGUGUAAAGUCGAGGGCGCUUGGCCGCUAAUAGACAAUCAGUACCUGUCGGUCCAGGUCACCAACGUCCCAGUUGUUCUGGGAUCCAGCGCCACUGCCACCAGCAAGAUCACGCUGAUCUUUAAGAGUUACCAGGGCUGCACGGAGCAGAAGGUUUAUCAGGCGACCACAGAGGACCUGCCGCUGGCGUUCAGUGAUGGCACAAGAACCGGAGGGUGGCAGGAGGGCGCCAGCAGCCUGCGCAUCCUGGAAAAGCCGGACGCUGGCCAGGUGGAGAUCCAGGCCAACUACAUCGGCAGCACCGUCAUCAUCCGCCAAGUGGGCCGCUACCUCACCUUCGCCAUCCGUGUGCCGGAGGAGACCCUGAACCUCUCGGAGGAGAGCGCCGGCCUCCAGCUCUGUCUGCACGGCUGCCCGAAGAACGAGCUGAUCCAGGAGCACAGGCUGAAUGUGGGGAGCUCCAGCCCCCUCUGGCCCAGCUCCCGACGGGCCUACACGGUGGAGAUGGCCACCGAGCAGUGUCGCCACAUCCUGCAGGUGGAGGACGUGUAUUUCCAGUCCUGCGUCUUCGACCUGCUCACCACGGGGGACCCUGAGUUCUCCAUGGCUGCUUACGGGGCCUUGGAAGACUUGAAGGCGUUGUACCCCAGCAGACUCAAGUUGCAUACGGUCUCCAAGACUAUUAACAUGGCCACGGGCGCUCCCGGGCCUGGGCAGCCCGCUGCCUCGUUAGUCUGGUGCGGUCUUGCCUUCCUAAAGCUGUUCUGGUGCUGCUAAUGAGUGUGGACCUUUUGUCAGUAUUGGGCCCCCAUAUAGGAAGAGAGAAGCCCCUGGCACCUUCCAAUCUUGGAGCAGAGUGGAGGUCCAAAUUCUCCUCCCACCAAGCCGGCCUGCUUGGUCCAGCUGACUCCCCGUCUCUGUUGCUAACCGAAGGCAAAGUGCGGCUUGCUCAGAUGUUCUGGUCUCCACUGAAUCCCAUACACUACAGCUGCACCCCUGCCUUGUGAGCAAGAGUCGGGGACCAGCGUUGGCUCUUGCUUGCCAGGGCUGCUGAUUAGUAGGUUGGCCAGACUCUCAACUGGCCAUCUCUGGGGGCACUGCUGCCCCUAUCCAUAAUACCUGCUUACCAGCCCCUUCUCUGUCCCUGAGGUGCUUCCCCACCCUGUCCUCCAGUCAGAACCUCCUCCAGCUUUCCCCAGGGGUGGCCCUUCGAGGGAUUUCUCUGCCAUCUCAUGGCGGCCGUGCGCCUAGGUUGACCCCGUGCUGACUGGGGGUUCUUACCAAGCGCUCUGCUUCCCUGUGCCACGAUGAGCAAACUGGGGGGGCCAUACUACACGGCUGGGGCUGGUACUGGCCCCUGGUUUCCUCUGUGCUCCAAAUCCAGAGUGAUGGCUGUAGAAACAAAGCCAACUAAGAAGCCUUGUCUGCAGAUAGCCCCGUGCCUCAGGAAACUACGCCGUGAAACCUGGCUCCUUUCCAAUGCCCCUGAGGAAAGCUGCUGGUUUGAGCAGGAAGGGGCCUCGCGCUGUUCCUCCCGCAGAGCUGUGAAAUGGUCACGCUAGCCAGACCCACACGCCCCGUGGCUUCAACUAGCCCGAGCCCAGACAGAGCCCUUCAUGGAUGUGGGAGCGGCCGAGCCUGAAGAAACAGCUUCUCUUAUUAUCACUGCUAAGACGUGUAGAUUUGUGCUCUCCAGCCUGUAAAAGUGUCUGUACGUUCUGUACAACUGGUGUUCCUCCACGCUGCUGUUCUCGGUGGACUUUCUAAACCUCCCCCCAACCAGCUGUUCAUAGCAUUUUUAACCUCUAUUUUAAUUAAACCGCUGUUUUUUAAAGUG